AAACACGCAUCCGUGGCAAUGUCAUCCGUGGCAAUGUCAUCCGUGGCAAUGUCAUCCGUGGCAAUGUCAUCCAUGGCAAUGUCAUCCAUGGCUGUGCUCCUCAGGCAGCGGGCUGGAGUACCUCUCCGUCUUCUGCAGCUUUUGAGGUAUUUGCAGAUCUGAAGGGUCCCCCCACUCUGCCCAGCCACGAUGCUGCCAGGUACCCCUGGGGCACCAAAAAUAUCUUGCUGAUGCGUUUGAAGCAGCCGUGCUGGUGCAAGCAGCUCCUGCUCGCGUUGCCGCUGGCACUGGGACGUGGCACUGGUCCUGCCGAGGGAUGGCUGCCCAUGCUGGGGCAUCACCAAGUGCGCUGUGCGGAGCUGCAGAUCCAGCUGACGGAGGCUGUGUCCACGCUGGCUGGCCAGAAGGAGCUCAUCGCCAAGCUGGAGCACGACCUCAGCACCAUCCAAGCCCUGUCCACCGUGCAUCGCCCGGAUGCAGAGGGUGCGGCCGUCCCCAGCCUGGAGAAGAUACCUGAGCCCAUCAAGGAGGCCACGGCACUGUUUUAUGGUCACCCACCGUCCCCUGGCACCUCAUUCCCCGAGGGGCAGGUGGACUCGCUCCUCUCCAUCAUCUCCAGCCAGAGGGAACGCUUCCGGGCCAGGAACCAGGAGCUGGAGGGGGAGAACCGCAUGAUGCAGCACACGGUGCAUGCCCUGCAGAGCGAGCUGGACAACCUGCGAGCUGACAACAUCAAACUCUACGAGAAGAUCAAGUUCCUGCAGAGCUACCCUGGCCGGGGCGGCAGCAGGGACGACACGGAGCAGCGCUACUCCUCCCAAUACGAAGAGCGCCUGGACCCCUUCUCCUCCUUCAGCAGGAAGGAACGCCAGCGGAGGUACCUGAGCCUCAGUCCCUGGGAUAAAGCCACGCUGAGCAUGGGGCGGCUCAUCCUGUCCAACAAGACAGCUCGCACCGUUGCCUUCUUCUACACCCUGUUCCUGCACUGCCUCGUCUUCCUGGUGCUCUACAAAACGGCCUGGAGCGAGAGCGUGGGCAGGGACUGUGCUGCGUACUGCGCUAAGAAGUACGCCGACCACGUCCACAAGUUCCACGAGAACGGGGACACGGGUGACAUGUGGCAGUGACGGCUGGAC